UGAAUUAAGAAUGAAUAUAGGACGAGAGAAAAAAGUUGUAGUUGCAGUGUUGCACAUUUCUGGUUCAGACUCAGCGCAUGUGUGCCUUUGAACAAGAACAUUGCAAUAGCUGCUGUUUCUCUCGUUGUCCCGACUGCAUCGAUAUGAAGACUGUGAUCAAAAAGGAAGAGUCUAAUACUGAAUGGGAGAGUUCAUCAGAGACCCCUGGUAAAAAAUUCAGCUGUAAAUUGUGUGGCAUGGAGUUUCGGCGGCGCCCAAACCUGGCGCGUCACAUGCGAAUACACACGGGAGAAGCGCCGUACACCUGUGAACUCUGUGGGAGAGGGUUUCGGUGUGCAGAAUGGCUUAAAAUGCACCUCACCGUCCAUACGGGUGAAAAACGAAAGAUUGUGAAGAGCUUCAGUUGCGAUCAGUGUGCGAAGACGUUUACCUGCUCCACCGCACUCCAAAGUCAUUUAUACAAACACAGAGGCGAGAGGCCGUUCGCCUGCGCGUACUGCGACAAGACGUUCUUCAGUCAAACCAAUCUUAAACGCCACCACAGCGAUUCUCAUUCUGAAAAACAGUUCUGUUGCCCCGUGUGUGGAAGUGGAUUCGCACGGCGCUCGACACUGCAGAAACACACGCGGAUUCACACGGGAGAGAGGCCUUUCUCCUGUCCAGACUGUGGAAAAACUUUCCCUUAUAAAUACACCUUAAAUAUGCAUCGUAAACUGCAUUCAGACAAAAGUUGAUAUGAUGUACAUUCAUGCAUAUAAAUGUACAUGUAAAGAUGAUGCCGUAAUAUUUACUCAUGGUAAGAACUAUCUGGAGAUAGCAUCCACACUCACAUCGGCAAUAGCUACAUGCACUGUGAAUCUGCUCCAAACUUACAUCUUGUUCUGUUUUCUCACAUUAUUUCUCGAAUCAUUUUCCAUUAUAUUAGUUGCUUUUCUUUAGAUAUGGCCUGCAAACUCUUUUCAAACCCACAUUUCAAGAAAAACAAAGGUUUGCGUGUAAAUACAAAACACUCAAAAUGUAUAAUCACUGCAAGACAAAGUUCAUCUCUACAAGUCCCAUUUUGUGCAGGUCAAUCAAAAAAUUAUAUUCUAAGAUUUUAUUUUUAAGCACGUUGGGAAUAGUUUGCAUUAAGAUAUGUAGGCUACAAACAGUCAGCAAUAUGUAUUUGUAAGAUGUUAUAUUUAAAACUGUUAAAUUCAAAAUAAAAAAAACCACCCUACCCACUAAUCUACCUGAGCUCCAUCUCCUUUCAUUAUAUACUUGAGUUUUUUUUUUUAAAUGAUCAAUUAUUAAACAGUAUUAAUCCUUGUUAUGGCGGCAAUCUAAAAGAUUGGCCAUGCUGUGUGUGAGACAAUCGCAUAAACUCAUCAGUUUCCAAAUGUUCUAAUAUUAUUACCAUUUGCAUUUUUAUUGAUUUAAUUGCUACCUCAUCAUCGUUGUUAUUAAAGUAAUAAGCCACUCAAUACCAUUUAUUGCAAUGGACGUUUUAUUUCAU